AUGGCUCAAGGGAAAACGCCGGUUGAAAGUGGAUCUAAACCCGUGGUGGAUGAAGCAAUUGAAUCAACUUCCGGUCUCAACAACACUGGAAAAGCUGAACAGGGGAAUGAAGACAUCGGCAAUCUGGAACCCUUUGUGCAGUUUCAUUGUAGUAUCUGUAACUUGACAGAAAAGUGUUUUUAUGGCGAGCUCAAAGCUUCGGAUGGAUUCUAUCCUUCACCAGUCUUUUACAUGAGGGACCCGUUCGUGCCCCCUCGACGAGUGAAAGGCCGAAAACCGUUGCUCUCUGAUUUUUUGGUAAUUGGUUCAUCCUGUUCGUUGUGCAAUCAAUCUGUUUGCCUUGACAAGGCAUGCAGUGUUUAUUUCGGGACAAUGUUCUGUACGACUUGCAUUGUUCGCGAACGAAGACGCUUCCCGGAAAUGAUACUUCAGAUCGUUGCGAAGGCGCAGUCGACUUCAACAAACUUCAAGAUAGGCAAUAAUUCAUCUCGUAAGGAAAAAUAA